AUACAUCGAUUCUCGGAUCCUUCUCGGACACAAUUGGGGGAGAGAUGAUGGACUGGUGUGGACUCCUAGAAGACCCUAAGGGUGAGAAUCUUGGGAAGAGCCCCUAGCCUUCUUUGCCGGCAGUGAUCCGAGAACGAAGCAUACUUGGAGCCUACCCGGUGCAGAACAUCUACUACGGUAACUCGCAAACAAGGCUUUGAGGGGGGGAGCUGAUCAUGCAGCCACCAUCCCGAAGCCCUGCGUGUAUUUGUCACUCGCAGGUCUACCAGUACUACGCUCUCGCUGAGAGUUCCUCAAGAGACUCAUAAGUCGGAGUUGCCUCCACCACCGUCAGCUCUCCUCAAGGUUCUGGAAGGAAUGGCGGCCUGUCAUUGAGGCUAUACCAUCACCAUGGCCGCUAAUGAUUCUGACUCUGUUGCUGAGCGUCUCCUCAGGAGACCCAGCACCUUCAAAGAAGCGUUGCAGAACUGGGAAUCGUACCCGGAUAAUCUUCCUGGUGUCACCGAAAGUGCAAAAUUGAUCAAGGACUUCAAACGGCAUUUCGAGGAGACCAAGGAGAUGGUCCUCCUGGUUUUUGAACCCGGGGGCGGGAACACCUCCCGUGCCCGCGCCCGUGCCCGUGCCAACGCCAUCAAAAGGAAAAUCCGCCUCAUUAUCCAUGAUUGCGGCAUCCAGGCCAGUAUUCCUACCUAUGGCUCGAACGGAAACCCCUCGGGGCAUGCGGGUGAGAGUGGCUCGGACAAUGGUACACUCCAUAGCGCCGACGGAAGCAACCCAUCGAUUGCCGCCAUGGGCGACCGCAUGUCGUACUUCAUCUUGUCCCCCAAAGAUCUCGAGGAUUUGUUGAGAUUUCCUACUGGGACUACUGGUGAUCCGGUUUGCCGACUCAUAUUUCUGGAAUCGACUGAUCGGGGCUCGCGUCAACGCUUCAAAAUCACCGAAGACAUGUUGCUUAGACUGCUCACCUAUCAUUACGUUUCCCCUUGCUUUCUCAACUUCAUUUCCUACUUUGGCCACAACCCAAUGACAGGGGACAGCGACUUGUUCUUUGGCGGCUUUCGAAGCCUCAAGACAUUUGCUCAUCCCAACUUCAGAGUCGAGGAGCUUGGCCGCAGCGGCUUCCACUACCAGCUCUCCUUUGAGCUGAGGACCAUGUUCGACGAAGAUGACCUCGACGGCGGGGGAUUGGAUACUGAACCCGCCCAUGCCUCGAAGCACAGGUCCCGUGGACGCUUCAACUGGCUCAAGCGCCCCGAGAAACGCCACGAUAAGCGUGAAGUCAACUUGGACGCUGACAACGCGGGUGAUGGUGAGCAAAACAGCAUACGGCGGGUGAUGCAGACAGUGGUAUACCACAGCUUUGACAUCGACAAUGGUAAAAGCGUAUGGAUCGUUACCAGUCCCGAGCACCCCAACGGCGAAAAGGACUCCACAAAGUGCAGUGACUACGAUGUCAAAGGCGUCUUAUCCACUGUUGACAGAGUCUCGUCGACGAGCAAGACCAAGGAGCGCUUCCAGGCCAGCUUGGAUGUACUGGUUUGGCUGAUUGAGUGGUCCCUGAGCGACUAUGGCUUCUACAUACAUGCGUUGGAUGACAUUCUAGAGGAACUCACGAAUUCGUACGCAUCCUCUAUGACAGCCAACGUUGUUGAGGAGACUGUUCUCAAGGAGCUCAACUUGUUCAUGGAAAGCCUAAACGAGUGCAUCGUCGGCCUGGAGGCAAACAUGCGAGUCUGCAAGGCCCUUAUCGGAUUCUACAGAAGUCUCCUUGGAGACAAGAAGUUGGAGAGGCUGAAACCGGCUUGGAUAGAACCAGACCGAGAAGAGCUGGAAGAAACUAUUGACGACGCCACAGCCAAGAUCCAAAACUUUUGCCACGCCAACGAGGAUAUGCUGCGACGCGCAAAAAUGGUAAAGGAGAUGGGGAGUAGACGCGAAGAUAUGAUUCACCGGCUAUUACAAAACAGAAACGAGCAGACCAUGAAGGAGCUCGCGAGAUUGACGCACAAGGACUCGGCGACCAUGCGCAUCUUUGCCACCAUCACCCUAAUUCUCCUCCCCAUGAGCGUCGUCUCGACAAUCUUCACAACCGACAUCGUCCGCUUCCCAUCCUCGUCUUCCUUUGUCGGCAACUGGUCCGGUGCAGCCGCCGUCUGGUGGACUGCCCUCACCCUGCUGGCCACUGCGCUCGUCGGCCUAAUCAGCGAGGCCUGGCGCCAGGCCGUCCUGCACCGCCUGGCCCUGUCCUCCACAGCCAUUCCAGCAGGAAACCCCGCCGCUGCCGCCGCCGCUGCCACCCUCAAGGGGUCAGGAGGAGGUGCUCAUGCUAAUAUCGCCGGCGGUGGCGUUGACCGGAACCGUGUGGCCCGCAUGGCUCUAGGAAUCAUGGUAAAGCUAAAAUGGUUUAGCUAUAGUGAUACUGCUCAUGGGGAAGGUCGGGGGCUGGGUGGCAAGUUGAAGCAGAUGGGAACCGGCAAGCGGCACGGGACUUCGCGUGCGAUUCAUCCCACUACUUCUACUACUGUGAAAGAGGUAAGAACAGGCACCGAGGUGGGAGUCAGCGCAGCCGCCAAUGAGCCGGGAUCUCUGGCGAAUUUGCCGAGGCUAGCAUCAAGGUCUAUGAGUCAGUUGUUGAAACUGGUGGGUGUCAAUGUUGUCUCCCAAGAGGAUGGAGACGUGGGGAUCACCAGCUAUCAGCAGGGUGGUGCUAUGGAGAUGGGUGUGCGGCAUCAGAAUGGGACAGGUGCGGCGGCGACGGUGACGGCGUAGCUACCCAGUACCUAUGCGAAAGUGCGGUAGUGUGCAACGGGGGACGUCGGUGUCCUUGGGAAGGUCUGUGGAGCUAUUGGUCUGCAACAGCAAGAUGGCUCCACGGGGCUCCCAGUGAAUUCCUUGAGUAGCUGUACAGUCGAUUAUACUCGCGCGUAGCAUAUUGGAACUUGAAUAAGCAUAAUAGGAUAUGCAGAAAGCUGAACCCCUGGAGUAACAAGUUGAGCAACUUAUUGGCUGUUCAAAGGUGGAAAC